AUGGCACCCAGAGCCGUCCAUUCCAUAAGGCACGCAGAAGGGUACCACAACUCCGAGGAGAACGAGAAUAUUCCCGACCCGGACCUGACCCCUCAAGGCCGCUCGCAAUGCGCCCACCUCUCGACCAUAUUCCCCUUCUUCGACCGCGUCGACCUAGUCUGUGCCAGCCCGAUCCGGCGCGCCGUCCAGACGGCCCUCGUCGGCAUGGAGCCCUACCUGCAGUCCGGAGGCCGCCGACAAGCCGGCCACCACGCCCAGCGACAUCGGGCGCCCACCGAGGAGUACGGCAGCGUCGUCGAUUUCCAGAGGUGCCAGGACACGUACGUCGACUACGACUCCAAGGAGGGGAGAUGGGCACCCGACGGCAAUGCGCUGGAGAAGCGCGCGCUGGAGCUCCGGAGAUUCUUGCGGGACCGUGACGAGCAGGAGGUCGUGGUCGUGUCGCAUGGUGAUUUUUUGCACUUUGUGACGGGCGAUCUGAACGAGGACGGGAGUCAGGCGAAAGGGUGGUGGAAGAAUGCCGAGUUUCGGAGCUAUCGAUUCUAUCCGGUUGAACACGAAGAUGCGCUUCUGCAGGAGACAGAUGAGAGUGUGAAGAUGCGUAAUGCAAGCGGGCCGGGAGAGACGAAGGGAUCAGGGACGAAUGGCUCACCGUGA